AUGACGAUAAAACAUGGGUAUCGCGAUCAGGUGCAACGGAGCAUCCGUCAAUUUCUUGAACCUCAUGCUUGGUACUUAAUCCUGGCUAGUAUUGGAGCCCUUGACGGCGAUAUCGGGGGCCCCAUCACAUGCAAAUGUAUUCACGGUCCGCAGCUGAUAUCCGAACAUUCAGUUGAACGUGGGUUCAAGGAAGUUGAGCACGAUUUCUAA